UACUUGCUUUACAAAUUACAAUUCAGUGUAAACAAAAACAAGGAAGCAAUUGAUAGCAUUGAAACAGUCUGGCCACUUUCGAUAAAAAAUUAACCUUACAAUGUACAUCUUCCUAAUGAUCCAGGACGCGGCUGUGAUAAGAAUAUACUUAUUUAUCUCAGUGACAAUCAUUAGGAUAUAAUCAAUUCAACGUUAUCAUCGACAUUUUGAGUAGUCGUGGACACAAGAUACUGCUCAUUAGCCAUUAAUUUAUUAUUUAUUCUGUUUCCUUUUUUUAUUUCCUCAUUCCUCAUUUCUAACUUCUGUAGGCUGUAACACUAUAUCAUUUAACCAUAUAGUAUUUAAUAUAAUAUAUCAUAUUAGAGGUAUUCUGAAGUGACUAGAUCGAAGUAAAAAGUAGUAGAAACAGUAGAAUACUGGAUAGUAAUAACUGGAAACACGAAAGCCGGCUUUUAUAAUAUUGUGCUUGUACGCGUAUACAGUAUUUAUUUAUAAUUAAUGUUCAUAACGAUGGCUGGAGGUUUAUUACACUGUCAAAAUUAUUCACUAUCACUUCUAUAUUAAAGUAAAUUUGACGUAAAAAAAUAAUAAAAAUAAAUUAAAUUUUUAUUAGAACCUUCAAAUAGUUCAAUAAAAUUAAUAUCUUAUAAUAUCUUCAUUAAUAGUUAAUUUAAUAAUUUUAAAUCUAUUUAAUAUUAACAGAAUUUGGAAUCAACGAAUUAUGCAAUGGAGCUACUUGAGUCAUGCAAUAAGGAAAUAUUCAAAACAUGUCAAUGGAUUUCAUGUAGGCAUUGUAGGUGCUGGACCUGCUGGGUUUUAUUGUGCACAACAGUUACUAAAAAAAAUACCUGGUUGUCAGAUUGAUAUAUAUGAAAAAUUGCCAGUCCCGUUUGGUCUUGUACGUUAUGGUGUAGCUCCUGAUCAUCCAGAAGUAAAAAAUGUUAUAAACACAUUUACUAAAACUGCAUCAAAUGAAAAUGUUCGAUUUAUAGGCAAUGUCUCACUUGGCUGUGAUAUUUCUUUGGCACAACUUAAACAUUCCUAUAAUGCCGUAGUAUUAGCUUAUGGAGCAGACGAAGACAAAAAACUAAGUAUUCCUGGUGAAAAUUUAUCCAAUGUUGUAUCAGCUACAAAAUUUAUAGGGUGGUAUAAUGGUUUGCCAGCAGAUAAAAAUAUUAAAGUAGAUUUGGAUGUUGAACAUGCUGUUAUUGUAGGACAAGGAAAUGUUGCUUUGGAUGUUGCAAGAAUAUUAUUAACACCUGUUGAUGAACUGAGAAAAACGGAUAUCACAGAGUAUAGUUUAGAGACUUUGACACAAAGUAAAGUGAAAAAAAUCACUCUUAUAGGUCGUCGAGGUCCUUUACAAGUAGCAUUUACUAUUAAAGAGUUUAGAGAAAUGUUGAAAUUACCUGGAGUAAGCACAUGUUUUUUUAAAGAGCAAAUAAAUGAUAUUGAUAAAAUCAUUUGUGAUUUACCAAGACCUCAAAAACGAUUAGUACAACUUAUGUAUGAUGCAUCACAAAAAACAGAAGUUCGAGAUAAAUUGUUUGAUUUAUUGUUUCUGCGAACACCUAUUUCAAUAUUAGGUACAAAAAAAAUUGAAGGAAUUGAACUGGCUGUAAAUCAUUUAGAAGGAGAAAAAGCUGUGGUUACAGAUGAAAAGUAUACAUUAAAAUGUGAAAUAGCUUUUCGUAGUAUCGGAUAUCGAAGUAUCCAAGCAGAUCCUGAUGUACCUUUUGAUAAAAUAUCUUCAACAGUACCUCAAAGUAUAGGUGUUUAUAGUGUUGGUUGGUUGUCUUCGGGACCAGUGGGAGUGAUAUUGUCUACUAUGAGUAAUGCUUUUCAAGCAGCUUCGUUAAUUGGUCAACAUUUUGAUAAAGGCUUGCUUAAUGAACGAAAGCCAGGAUAUAAUUACAUUUCAAAAGUAUUGGAAGAUAAAGGCAUAAUUACUGUUGAUUGGAAUGGAUGGACGAGAAUUGACAAAGUUGAAGUUGAAAGAGGAAUAAAACAUGGUAAACCAAGAGAAAAAAUUGUUGAUGUUGAUGAAAUGUUAAAAAUUGGAGGAAUACUAGAUUAUACUUAAAUUAUAAUUAUUGAAAUCAAAAGCUAGUUUGUAGUAUAUAUGUUUAGAUAAAUAAAUAUUAUAAAUGCUUUAAAAUAAUAAUAAAAAAAAAAGAAAUGUUAAAUAAUAAUUGAUACUUAAUAUGUCAAUAAAUAUUUUAUUUUAAAUACAUUUAAUUGCUAUUCAUAGUUAAGUCAAUUUUUUUUUACUAAUUUUACUCUAUAUUCAUAUUGUUUUUAAUUUUAAAUAUUUAUAAAAAUAAAAUAUUUUUAAAAUGUUUUA